AAAAUCUUCACAGAAUUUGAUAAGAUGCUUGAUGAAGACGGUGUUCAUAUUGUUUACAGCUUUAUAAUGAAAUACAACUUGACCCCAGCAGUUCUACAAGAAAUCCUUGCAGGUGUCCUACAGCUGCACAAACCUAUUCAUGUCUGGAGGACUGGAGUAAUCAUCUAUGACAGUAUUGUAGCAGUCAUGGUAGGGCAGACAGACAACAGCAGAGUGCUUCAUCUGUGUGCCUACAUGACCUCAACACCAACAGAUGAUAUGGGCACCAGUGACUCAAAUGCAAGAUUGAUCUAUAGCACAGUAGAGAAGUACAGAAUUGUGAUCACACAUGCACUAAUUUCCAGUGGCAUUAUCUGGCAACAAACAUCAAAUGUAUCCGACAGUAUCCAGCAAAUUCCAGAAGGCACAAUGGGUGUUGUCCACAGCCAUACACUGAGUGCCAACAAUCCAGGUGUGUGCACCCUGUGCGGCACAACAUCAACUCAGAGUUCAAUGCUUACUGCCAUGGAAAUGUUAUUGGAUCCUGCAUUCUUGGAACAGGAGCAUGUGAAAUGUUCAGAAUUGAAUGGUGAGAUCAAAGGUUCACUUGUUGAGCUAACAGGGCCCAGUGAGCUGAGUUUUUCUGCAUAUUUGGACCCCCUAGGAUGCCAACAGCUUUCCAUUUUACUGAUCAAAGGAGACUUGCAGCUCUUAACUAUUUCAUUCACCUCACCUGAAAUGCACAGUGUUACCAUUGACUUGACAGAGAAGAAAAUAACUUCAGAAGUAGAGGCAGAAGAAAUGACAUAUGAACUCUCUAAACAUCUGGACAAUAUUUCAUUGGAUGGAGAAACAAUAACAGCAAAAGUUAGUGGCAGGGAUUCCUUUCAGAUUGAAAUCUACCUGGGACUCAUUCUAAUUCAGACUGUACCAGUCCCAUACAGCAG